AUGGAAGCAACAAUUUCCAAAAACCAGCAAAAAAAGCUUAAAAAGAGAGAGCUGUGGCAAUUGAAAAGACAAGAGAAAAAGAAGAAAAAAAUUAGAAAACCGAAGCCCAAAACCCUUUUUAGGCUGAAUAGAGAAGAAUGAGAUAGAAGAAAAGCUGGAAAUGUAAAAGUCAUAAUUGAUUGUGAGUUCAAUGAGUUAUUGACUGAAAGAGAAAAAACAAGCCUGAAGCAGCAAAUUAUGUUUAGUUAUGCUGAAAAUAAAAAAUCAGAAAAUCCUGUAGAUUUGAAAUUGACUGGUGUGGAUGAUUCUAUGGAACAGGAAAUCAAAAAUUUAUCAUCUGGGAACUGGGCUAUUGAUAUUUGUAAGCAAAAUUAUAUUGAUUUAUAUGAGAAAGAAAAGCUGGUUUAUUUAACUGCAGAUGCGACUGAAGAAGUUGAUGAAUUUGAAAAGGAUAAAUUUUAUAUCAUAGGAGGGCUUGUGGAUCAUAACAGACUGAAAAGAAUUACAAUUGAUAAAGCAAACAGCCAAGGCAUAAAGAGUGCAAAACUACCAUUAGGGAGAUUUAAAGAUACAAAAAUCGACUGAAGCAGAGUUUUGGCUGUAAAUCACGUUUUUCAACUAGUGCUGAAAUAUGUGGAAUUCCAAGACUGGCCAACAGCUAUUGAAUGCUCUUUGCCUCCUAGGAAAAAACAAAAAACUGAAGAGGAAGCUGAAGAAAAUAAAAAUGAAGAAGCAAAAACUACAUAA